UCAUGGCGGCGCUUUCAUCGUCGGUUUCUGAAGGACAGACGUCGGGGCAAGAAAGAGAGGAUGAGAACUCGUUAGACGUAGAAUUACUGAAGGAAAUUGGAAAGAAAGCCCUGGUAGACGCCUUGAACUCGGUAAAUGGUGCAAAGACACUUGUCCUCGACAAUACACUAGCAGGAUCGCUGGGGCUUGUAACAGAUGUUUCGUUGCUGAAGCAUCAUGGCGUGGACAAGAUGUACUGGCUUGAGUCAGGUCCUCUAACGUCUACAACGACUAAUAUAGUUUAUCUCUGCCGGCCCCUCAUCAAAUACGUGAAGAUAAUAGCUGAUCAGAUAAAGAGACAUGCCAAAGAAUCACUCAAGCAUAACUAUACGCUAUUCCUAGUUCCACGUACCUCGACGCUCGUAUCGCGAAUACUAGAAGAGGAAGGAGUACUCGGUGACGUGACUAUAUCCUCGUACAACCUUCAGUUCAUCCCUGUAGCAGAAGAUGUCAUUUCGUUGGAAAAUGACAACGCGUUCAAAGAAAUAUGGGUGGACGGCGAUGAAACUGUCAUAUAUAAUUCGGCAUUAGCUCUGGCUUCUCUGCAGAAGCUAUACGGCCAGUUUCCUCGAAUCAUCGGGAAAGGAGAUUACGCUGCUAAACUUGCUACUCUGUUGACUCGCCCUUUGCCUUCACAAUCUGCCUCUAGCUCGAAUGACGCUCCAAUACCACCUGGGCAGAUCGAUUCUCUGAUCAUCCUAGAUCGUCAUGUUGAUAUGAUAACGCCAUUCCUUACCCAACUAACUUACGAGGGUCUCAUUGACGAUAUCAUUGGCAUUAAGAACUGUGCUGCUCAGAAUCCGUCCAAUCCACCAGCUACUUCUUCAUCUGCCACUCCUGUCACAUCAAUAAAUAACGAGAAAACGAAGAAGCAUCACCUCACAUCCGCAACAGACCCUUUGUUUGCUGAGUUGAGAGAUCUGAAUUUCUCAGCUAUUGGAAGAAGACUGAAUAAAAUCGCACACCGACUUGAUGAGGACUAUAAGGCUCGACUGCAAGCGAAGACCGUUGCGCAACUGCGAGAUUUCGUGGGUAAGCUUGGUGGGCUACAAACGGAACAUCAGGCUUUAGGACUUCAUACUGCACUAUCGGAGAUGCUAGUUCCCCACACUCAAACGCAGACAUUCAACAAGUCACUUGAAAUACAACAAAAUCUUCUUGCGUCGUACGAGGUGUCUGCGCAGAUCACUGCGAUAGAAGACCUGAUAGCCCAGGGGGCCGACAUGCAGCUAGUGGUAAGGUUGUUCUGUCUCGCUAGUAUCACCGCCGGUGGUAUCAAGAACAAACCAAUGGAAAGCAUCAAGCGUGAGAUACUGCAGGCUUACGGGUACAACUACCUCCCUUUACUUCUUGCGUUAGCUGCUCCUCCACUAGCUGUACUCCUCCCAAAUCCCCUUCCACCUUCUACACCGCAGUUCGUCACCGCAGCCAAAUACCCCUUUACGACUAUCCGCAAACCCCUGCGUCUUCUGAUCGAUGAUACCGCGGAUGCGUUGGAUGAACUCGAGAACGACAUCAGUUAUGUAUACUCCGGAUAUGCCCCCAUCAGUGUCAGGCUCGUGCAAUGUGUCGCCCAGAAAAGCGGAGUGUUGAGCAAUCCUGCGGAGAAAGCCUUGGUUGAUGAUGUAGAUGGGAAAGGAAAGAGCGCCUCCGAAAGGAGGGUCCAUGCUCAUCCUAUCGUCGGAUGGAAGGGCUUUGAGGAUCUGCUGGCCACUAUCCCUGGAGAGACGUUUGACAUUGUGCAGAAGGCCCGGGGCGCUCCGCUGCCUUCAGCAUCUUCCGUCGCCUCACUAUUACGUCCACAUGAACAGACAACUACUACUGUUGUAUUUUUCUUAGGAGGGUGUACAUAUACUGAGAUCGCUGCUCUAAGAUGGGUCAGCCGACAGAAUCGAGGCCGAAAGUUCUUGAUUGCGACGACAGGGAUUGUAAGCGGUUCUAGUCUGGUCGAGAGCAUUGCCGGUGUUGGCAAAACUGUAGGGUCUAAAGAAGCUGGUAUUUAAUUUGGAACUUCCAUGAUGGUUUCAUGCUGUCUUGGUUGGUUUCUAUUUUUUGUACAGUACUUCACACCACGGACCGUUGCAUUGAACCUGCUAGUGUUAGUGUCAGCUCCCGUACGACUGCGGAUCUGUGGUUUCACUGUUGAGCCACGCAGGGAUGCCU